UCAUGAUCCAUGCUCAUGGCAUGGUGCACUGUUGUAUUUGCCUUUACCAGAUAUCUAGGAUCCUUAGAGCAGAAUGUGCCGCUUCACUUUGUUACUGGGAGUAGUGCUGUUUCGGAUUGCAUUCCGUAUGCCUUUGUGUCCAGUAAUCUGCCUUUAUGACUUGCAUAAUAGCCAUGCCUCUGUGUUAAAUUCGGCACAGUUGGGAUAUUGCUGCAGUGACGACAUAGCUAUGUUUGCGAGCCGUGAGCUUCAAUCACAUAUUGAAAGACAAGAAUGAAAUAAGGACUUUGAGUUUGUUUCAGGCGUUUGUGACAACUUAAAUAAAUGUAUGACGCUUAAAGUGUUACAGCUAACGCAUUUUAUUCUCCGGGGAAACAGAGAACGCUGCUACGCGUUUGAUUAUACAGAAUGAUAUCCAUAUAAGUCGCAAAAAGAAUAGAUUCCUGCUACAUUUGAGAAGAAAUCUUUUUUCUGUUACAGAAGCCACCCGAACAAACGUGUAUUGCAGCCGAAUACCUACGUCUCUAUGCUUCAUACCCUAAAAAUAUGGCGUAAAGAUACGUUUGUUUUAGUUUUAACUUUUAACGAUGGUCUCAUUGUAUGUAUGCAAACAUAAGCAAUUAUUAAUCUAAACCAGCACGUGCCUUACAAAUUAAAAACUGGCAACUGCCGCCCUUUACUGCCACCUACUGACAAUGGCUGGUUAUUUACCAUUCCGUGCGCACUGACCUCUGCAAGAUUUUGGAAAGCCGCUGAAGCUACGAAUACGCAUUGUGAUGUGGAAUAAUUCUCAAAAUCUAAUAGCCUAAUUUAGUUGAACCUUUGAAAAUGCGAAUUCCUUACUAGAUGUCAGUUUUGUGCAGUUCUGAUCAUCGAGCUUACUGAAAUAUAAAAUUAUUGGCGAACAAUGAUUAGAAAUAACAAUUAAAAGUCUACAUAGGUAACAUGCACAAAUUCAUUCCAGGAACGUACAUCUCAAGUCCAGCACUUGAAGCUACAGGUAGCUCAUGUAAAGCAAGCUGAUGCUUUCAGCACUAAGUCUGUGUAAAGACCCAGUGGUCGUUUUUGAGUAGCUCUCAGCCAUACCAUUUAAAGUAAAAGAGGGGCAGGCUAUCUAGUGAGUGCACUCCUUGCAUCAGAGCAGUCGUACCGAUAAGAAGCUAAGCUCUUUUUCCCCACAACUUGCAGUGGUGCAUGCACUCUUGGGAUGGUCUAUGAUGAAUUGCUGUUUUUAGGAUGUACAAAUCCAGCACCUUUAGAAGGAUGCAUCUUACAGGAGUGCGCGUUCUGACAUCUGUGGAGCUGGCCGUCACGUUGCCAACGUGUGACAGUCUGUUCAGUCCUUUCCCCGCGCUUAACGGAGGCUGCAGCCUUGAAAGCUCCACUUUCGGGAUUUAAAUUCCAGCCAGUUAGAAUUGCAGCAGCUCUUCAAACGCCUAGAUUUUAAAUAAAAUGGAAUCCAAUCCGUACCCGUUGAUGCUAUCUGUAUACACACCGGGUCUAAAAAUUUGCAGGAUAACUGGUCAGUGCUGUGGAGAAACGCCUUGCGAUCAUCACUGCCACCUCCAUUCUUGUUCCGAAAUCGGCGAGAGGGAUUUCCUGCAAGUAACGAGAUUUGUUUGGGGUGGGUUUCCGAAAUACUGAAGUGCCGGCGUAAGGCUCAGUGCAUCAAGAAUGUUGCAGAGGGAAAUUGCAGUCCCCCUCCAAAGGAGACAAUUUUCCGUGUAAAUGACAGUCGGCACGGUUCCACACGGUCAUCUGACUCCUACCAGGAAGCGGGGUUCUUGGAGAAAAGUGGGAAUGAGGAAAAAAGGCGCUGAGAAAUGGGAUUUGUUUUCCACUAGCUGAUAUUUGGUUAUUAAAUCACUGACGUAGGUCGUUGGUAUUUUUUCGCUUUUAAUCAACUCGGGUGUCUUUCACCACAAAGGAUGAAGAAUACUGACAGCCAUUGCUACUUAUAAUCAACAAUUCAUGCCUUUGGGAUCCUGUUGGAGAGAGAUUAUUUAUUUAUUUAUUUAUUUAUUAUCUCUCUCACUCUCUCUGUAUUUUUUAAAUCAAACUAUUUAGUUCCUUUACCUGGUAGAGGCCGUAUUCGCAAAAUGUUCAGAAGCAAUUUAUGGCUGGAAAUGGAAGAUCUUGUGAUUUCAAAAUGAUGAAAAAUAUGGGGAUGUAAUAUGCAGACGGCUGUCUCUGCAAUAUCAGCAGAUCCGGACUUAAACAGAAAAAUGUAUAUUUGGGUGUUGCAGACGACUGCGUUUGCUUUGACAUCCUUUGUCCUUUCGUGGGCAGAAACAGUAAAAUCAUAUGGAGAAAUCUGUGACAAUGCAUGUCCUUGUGAUGAGAAGGAUGGUGUAUUAACUGUGAAUUGUGAAAACAGAGGGAUUAUCAGCUUUUCUGAAAUCAGUGUGCCACGUUUUGACAAGUACUAUCUUCUUUUAUCUGGGAAUCUUUUGAACAGACUGUAUGCAAACCAGUUAAUAAAUUACACUGGACUAGCAAUCCUGCAUCUUGGAAGCAAUGAAAUACAGGACAUUGAGUCUGGAGCCUUUAAUGGACUGCAGGGUCUGAGAAGGCUGCAUCUUAAUAAUAAUAAACUGGAAGUGUUAAGAGACGAUACCUUUUGGGGUCUGGCAAGUUUAGAAUAUUUGCAGGUUGAUUAUAACUAUAUUAGCAACAUCGAACCAAACACUUUUAGCAGAUUACAACAGCUUCAAGUUUUAAUUUUGAAUGACAACCUCUUUUCAAAUUUACCUAUUAAUAUUUUUCGUUUUGUGCCACUUACACAUCUGGACCUGAGGGGGAACAGGCUGAAGAUGCUGCCCUACUUAGGCCUUUUGGAGCAUAUGGACAAAGUUGUUGAACUGCAGCUAGAGGAAAAUCCUUGGAACUGUUCGUGUGAUAUCAUAGCUCUAAAAGCUUGGUUGGAAAGUAUCUCUUAUUCAGCACUGAUUGGCGAGGUCAUUUGUGAAACUCCUUUCCGGUUGCACGGCAGGGAUCUCGAUGAGGUAUCAAAGCUGGAACUCUGUCCGAGGAAGGUAAUUUCAGAUUACGAAAUGAGGCCACAAGCCCCAUUGAGUACAACUGCAUUUUUUCACACAACCCCGGCUUCAGUAAACUCCGCUGCCACAUCAUCUUCUGCUGUUUACAAAUCAUCUUCAAGGCCACCGAAGGGAACACGCCAGCCCAACAAACCCAGAAUUCGACCAACCCCCCGACUCCCUUCCAAAGAUGGGUACAACUAUGGACCAAGUAUUUCCUAUCAAACCAAAUCCCCAGUGCCUUUAGAGUGCCCCACCGCUUGUACAUGUAACCUUCAAAUUUCUGAUCUGGGACUGAAUGUCAACUGUCAGGAAAGGAAAAUAGAAAGUAUUGCUGCUUUGUAUCCCAAACCCUACAAUCCCAAGAAGAUGUAUCUUACAGAAAAUUACAUCACAGUAGUUUUGAGAUCAGAUUUCAACGAAUCCACUGGAUUGGAUUUACUCCAUUUGGGGAACAAUCGGAUAACAGUCAUCCAGGACAGAGCUUUUGGCGAUCUGUCUCACUUGAGACGACUUUACUUAAAUGGUAAUUUUAUUGAAAAACUAACGCCAGAGCUAUUUUAUGGUUUGCAUAGCCUUCAGUAUUUAUUCCUGCAGUACAAUGCCAUUAAAGAAAUAGAGUCGGGAACAUUUGAUCAUGUACCAAACCUUCAACUGUUGUUCCUCAAUAACAACCUGCUGCGUCUUUUCCCCAGUGGUAUAUUUUCAGGAUUAAAUUUAUCCCGGCUGAGUCUUAGAAGCAAUCGUUUCAGCCACUUGCCAGUAAGUGGAGUUCUGGACCAGCUUAAAUCUUUGGUGCAGAUAGAUUUACAUGAAAACCCGUGGGAUUGUACUUGCGAUGUAAUGGGCAUGAAGUUAUGGCUUGAACAACUUAAUACAGGGGUGGUGGUGGACGAUGUGAUCUGUGAAUCCCCUAAAAAAUUUGCAGAAAUGGAUAUGAGAUCAAUCAGUUCAGAGCUUCUCUGUCCAGAUUACUCUGACAUCAUUGUCUCUACCCCAACCCCUUCUGCUGCACACAUUUCAGAGGCAACAACGGUUCUCACUACAUCCAUUAAAUCCAACACAGAGACCAGUUCUGUUCCACUUUCUGUACUCAUUCUGAGUCUCCUUUUGGUGUUCAUAAUGUCUGUGUUUGUUGCUGCAGGCCUUUUUGUUCUGGUGAUGAAAAGGCGCAAAAAACCCCAGAGUGAUCGGGCCAGCACAAAUAAUUCAGACGUGGGUUCUUUUAACCUUCAGUACAGUGUGUACACUAACAGAACUGCACCCAAGGUAAGGACACCUGCAGGCCACGUAUAUGAGUAUAUACCCCACCCAUUAGGCCACAUGUGCAAAAAUCCAAUUUAUAGAUCCAGAGAGGGUAAUUCAGUGGACGAUUAUAAAGAUCUUCACGAACUGAAGGUAACAUACAGUAAUCACUUAAAGGAAGAGCGAGAACCCCAUCCACGAAGUACAUCCUACAGCGUAAGCACCAUAGAACCCCGAGAGGACAUCCCCCCAAGACAAGAUAGUGAACAUUUCUAUAGAGGGGUUCUAGAACCUGAGAAACACCCAUCACCUAGCAGCAAUGUAGACUUUAAGUAUGGUAGUCAAGCUACCUACAGCUGUGCACCAAACUAUGAUAUAAGACGCCAGUAUUUACACCCUGAAAGAAUACGAGAAACGAUGCUCUAUAGCACACCAAGUACUGCUUAUGUCGAACCUUCUAGGAGUGAAUAUCUGGAACUUAAAGCAAAACUUAAUGUUGAGCCAGACUACCUCGAAGUUCUUGAAAAACAGACGACAUUCAGCCAGUUCUGACUUAAAAAUCAUAAGUAUUUAUAUACAGGGACAAAUCUGAUGAUUUUCUUUGGCUGAUUGUUUUCCUUUUAAGUUCCAUGUUAGGGUGAAGUGCCUUGGCACGAUUUUCAACUUGGAGGAAUGCUCUCGGGCAAAGGGUUUAGAUUACUAUUAUUAUUUUUAUCUAAAUUGUUAACAGGGCAAAACGUUUGUUAUUUGAAUGACGGCAAUUUGAAGUUUCAGUACAGCUUUCUAUAAAGAUAUUCAGGCAGAACUGUAAAACUAUACAUAGAUGUAUAUGCAUACAUGUAUACGGUGACUGCACAUGCUGCAUGUAUAUGUGUAUGUAUGCAUGCAUGUAUGUAUAUAUUUAUGUGUGCGUGUGUGGAUACAUGUCUGUAUUCACAUACAGAGAUAUGAUAUUUUUUGAGAAUAUGCACAGUUUGUAUUACUGUACUGGAACAUUAACCUUCCUCAGCCAAAGUGGCUCUUAAAAGACAUUAAGCUUACACCUAAGUUAACUGCAAGUUAUUCUGUUCUGAAGGUGUUUGUGUAUGCUUUCUGCACUUUUUAAAAUAGCAGCGGCCUUAGGGUCAUAAAAUGUAUCUCUGAUAAGGGCACAUCAUGGGAGUGCAAUGGAAGACAAAUCAGAAUAGUCCUUCCUUGUUUAACAGUGAAUUGUUUUAUUGUAGCUUAUUUUUUUUAAUAUAAAACAAUGCCCCUUGUUUAUUUUAUUGUUUUUCCCUUUUGUGUAAUUUUUUAAAUGUGUUGCACUAUCUAUAGAGCAUUAUCUUCCAAAACUGAUCAGCCAGAUAUUUUGUCAGUAAUAAAGUAAAGAAGAUCAAGAUACUAAAGACAAUCGCUGACAACAAUAAAAAUAAAAAUGAAGUGAUAGCAAGAUACACUUGCACUGAGUAAGUCAUGCAACUGGUUGAUGUGUAGCUUAGCUAAAUCUCCCGAGGGGGACAGCUGAUGUAAUCAGCUUAAAUGUACAAUAAUGACAAAGUGAUAUUGUCACAAUUUAUUUUUGUUUACUUGAUAAGAUUAUUUAACUACCAUGGUAACCAUUUUCUUCACUUAGAGGAGGAAACAUGGAUUACAUUUGCACAGAUCCAUGCUUAUAUAGGUAUUACAGAAAUGUUAAAAAAGGACAGUAUGACGCAUAUUUAUACAAUUUAAAGGCCCUGCUUAUUUUAAAACCUAAUGAAGUAUUCAUUACUACCGUUAAGCGAUGUAUAAUGGUCUGGCUACUGGUGUGUCACAUAUUCCAGCACAUGUAUUUUUAAUAAUUUUCAAAUAAACAACUCUUGAAUA